UGCCGUUAAGCCCCACCGAAGAAGAAGCAGCAAAUAUAUAUUUUUAACCAACUACCUGUGGCAGCACUGAAAGGCGAACAUGCUAAGGUUGUCAAGUGAAAAACAAUGUAUUUAUCAAUUCAGCAGAGAACGACGACAUGUGUGCCCGGAACCAGAUAUCUGUCUCAUCACGUAACGUUAAUGUCAGGUUUGCCACGUUAGUUUUGAGAACAUCAUCGUUGUGUAACUUAAUGUAUCUAGCUAAGUAACAACGUUACUUGCCACUCGUUGCUGCCAAAUAGAUGGCCGAAAACGAAAUGGUUCGUCCGUAUGCCAUUUGAAAUUUGACACAACAUAUCCACAGGAAAGUAACGACUUUUCAAAAUGCGGAUCAAGUGAGGCAUGUUCAGCCUGGCGCAUUCGUACACGAUGUAAUAACGUAUCGUUUUCGUUCUCAUUUUCAGCACCUGGGCAACUCUCGCUGUCUCAGAACCCUGUCCGCACCAAAUGACACAUCUAAGACUGUGGUCGUCCCGUUGACUGCGCUAUGUUCAUCAGAGUGCGAUCAGUGAGGCAGCCUAUAAGAAGCUGGCAGAUGAGACUGGAUGCGUUGGCUGACGACUUUGAGGAUCUGAUGGAUGGACUGCUAGCAGGGCCCGAGUUUGAUGUUCUCUUCUCUAGUGGUGUGUUGACAGUGAAGGUGGGUGGAGACCAUGGUACAUACGUCAUCAACAAACAGACGGCCAACAAACAGCUCUGUCUCCUACCAGCAUUAUGACUGGACAGGAGAGAAGUGGGUGUACACCCACGAUGGUAUGGGUCUUCACCAGCUCCUCUCUAGAGAGUUCUCCAUCAUCUACAUCCUGGACCUGAGUACACUAGUACACCUGGGUCCCAAACAGUUCCCUAUUCCCUAGGUAGCCUAAAGUAGUGUACUGCAUAGAGGAAAACUCGUCCACUCCCCCAUCUCCUACACGGCACACUACAUCUAUGUACUUAAUCACAUACUUCGGAAGAAAGUAAAAACACUUGCGUGCUCAGAUUUCAAGUUAGGAUUCAGCUCAGAAACAGAACCAAAUGGGUUUAGACCCCAAUACAACUUAAAUACCGUAACCUUCAUAUAUGCAUAUACCUACA